AUGUUUAAGUCCAAGGCCAAUGGCAUCAAGAAGGAAGUCAUUCGAUUAGAGCGUGAAUCCGUGAUUCCCAUUCUCAAGCCUAAGCUCAUCAUGACUUUGUCCAACCUCAUUCAACAUAGUGCAGAUAGGGCUGAGUUUGUAAAGUUCUCCAAGAGAGUUGAGUACACAAUUCGAGCAUGGUAUCAUCUUCAGUUUGAGGAUUUGAUGCAAUUAUACUCCCUCUUUGACCCUGUAUAUGGGGCUAAGAAAUUGCAGCAACAGAAUUUAUCUCCUGAAGAAAUUGAUGUACUUGAGCAGAAUUUCUUGAUAUAUUUAUUUCAGGUGAUGGAGAAGAGUAAUUUUAAGAUAGUUUCAAACGAGGAGAUUGAUGUUGCAACUGCAGGGCAAUAUCUUCUUAAUCUUCCCAUAACAGUGGAUGAAGCUAAGAUUGACAAGGCACUUCUAAAGAAAUAUUUUGAGGAGCAUCCCAAAGAUAACCUUCCAGAUUUUGCUGAUAAGUACGUUAUCUUCAGACGUGGGAUAGGAAUCGAUCGAACAACUAAUUUUUUUUUUCUGGAGAAGAUAGACAUUAUCAUUGCACGUCUUUGGACACUUCUUAUGAAGCGAACUAGGUUGGACAAGAUUUUCGGCAAAAAAUUAGGAAGGGCACGUAAGAAAGUACCAAGGAAGGAUGAGGACAUUAGUGCAGAUUUGCAUGUUGAGCGCAUCCGUCUUGAAAAAAUGGAACUAAGCAUCCGCAACUUGAUUACCAAGACUACAAUUCAAGAACCUACUUUUGAUAGGAUAAUUGUUGUUUACAGGAAAAAAAGUGAAGGAAGAGAAAAGGAAAGAGGAAUAAAUAUAAAGCAUUUUAAAAAUAUUCCAAUGGCAGAUCUGGAAAUAGUCCUUCCUGAAAAGAAAAAUCCUGGAUUAACUCCCAUGGACUGGGUCACAUUCAUUGCCUCUGCUCUAGUGGGACUGGUUGCAGUAAUAACUUCUCUUGAAAUGCCUAAAGCUGAUCUUUGGGUUAUUUUUGCCAUUUUGUCAACUGUGGUUGGUUACUGUGCUAAGACUUACUUAACGUUUGAAGCAAACUUGGCUGCAUAUCAGAAUUUAAUAACACAGUCCAUGUAUGAAAAGCAACUUGAUAGUGGAAGGGGCACUUUACUUCACUUGUGUGAUGACGUGAUUCAACAGGAAGUGAAAGAGGUAAUCAUUGCAUUCUUUAUACUAAUGGAGCAAGGUAAAGCCACAGCCAAGGAAUUGGAUCAACGGUGUGAGGAUCUACUUAGAGAGGAGUUUGGGGAGAGCUGUAACUUUGAUGUGGAUGAUGCACUUGCAAAGCUAGAGAAGUUGAAAGUUAUUUCUAAGGAUCCUACUGGGAAAUAUGCGAGUCUGGGAUUGACACGUGCAAAUGAGAUAAUUGGAGUGACCACUGAAGAACUAGUGCUGAAGGCAAGACAGGGUUCAUUUCAAACUGAAUGA